ACCACAGCGCCAGCGUGGCGGAUUGCCAUGUCUUCCUGCCACUGGCACUUGAGUGGUCAUGAGGAGUGUUGUGUCCCAGCUUGGUCGCUCAGAGCGGAAUGGCGACAGCACACAAGACACACACACUCACACCUGCUCACUCAGUGGAUUAGAAGUGAGAGGCUCAGAAAGGGAAGUUGGCCGAGUCGUCCGUAAACACACACACACACACACAAAGCGCACACACUUACAGUAUGUGGCACGGAAAAGCUGACACUGGACGACAAGACGCUCAACACUCGGCCAUGUCCCAGGAGGAGCCGGCAGACCUGGUAUUUGAGGGCUUUCUCAAGAAGCGCAAGGACAAGAUGAAGAUGACCUGGAUGACAUACUGGUUCAGACUUCAUAACUGCACACUGUUCUUCUACACAAAAAAAAACGGAGAUGCGAGCCACUUGAGAGGACAGUACUACGUGUACACAAUUCAGUCCGUGCGAGAAGUGAAGACCGAGCACAAUGAGUUCCUUUUUGAGAUUGUCAUGAAGAAUGGCAAGAGGAAGCUGCUGUCAGCAGAAACAGAGCAGCUGAGAUCUGUGUGGAUGGAGUUCCUGUGGAAAGCCAUGCAGCUUCCUGGACCAGGCCACAACCAGUCGGGCUGCACAUGGCAUGACAUACCCAAGCUUAAGGAGAGGGCACUCAUUGGCACACAAGUCAGCACUCUCCAGGACACAGUAGAAUUUGGAGUCUGUCUGCCGUGCCACCCAGGACAAGCAAGUGACCUGAACGCCACAGAUGAGGAUCAGUAUCCGUCAGAAGAGGCCAACCUGUAUGAUGUCCCGAAGUCUGUUCUGAAAGCCACCUUACCCGGACCUGCUGAAGUAGACUGUCACAACCUCUAUGAUGUCCCAAGAAAUCUGCACUUUGAGGCUCCGCUGGAAAACCUGGACACUGAGAUGCCCCUCCUAGAAGACAUCAAAUCCAGUUUAAGCAGUUCUAAUGUAGACUGGAUCAACAGCAAGAUGAAAAACAGCUAAAAAGCCUUCACUGCUUGGGAAGAGAUGAUAAUGAUGCUGUUCACUGUGCCGGCGAUGAUGACUAUGUGCAUCCAGAGAGCUGACUAUUGGCCCUUCUUGCUGCCUGAAAGACCUGUGCUUUAUGACUGUUUCGGGGGUACUCUGUGCUUAUCCCACCUAUUGCAGUUUCCACUUCUACCAAACCUGAAAGAAUUCGGUUAACAACUUGCAAUAAAAUGGCUAAGCACA